ACUACAUUAAUUGUAUCCUUUGAUCCAUGUACAAAAAUCCGUAAUCCAAGUUGCACAUACCUCCUUCAUCUUCUGGCCUCCCAAAAUACUGAACUGCAACGUCGCAUUAGCACCUAAGAGCCGGUCCACACGGCGCGUUGCGUUGCGUUGCGUCGUCGCAACGCAAAUAUUUUGACGCAUAGCCGGCCACACAGGCGCUGCGCCAUCACAGCGUUACUGUGACGCAGUCUUAACGUUCCAUCGGCGCAGCGACGACGCACAGGUGCGGCAAGCAUUUUGUAAAAAUAUCGCAGUCAGUCUAUAAGAAAGCAUGGAUCGGAAAAGACGUCUAGCAUUGCUCCUAUUACUGCGUCACCGCCGAAAUCGACGCAAGAUCACAAGACGGUAUUGGGUCUGUCCUUUCAUUGCAUUAAGAAAUAGUGAUGGACAGUUUUUUUUGUUAGAAUAUCGGGAGCUGCUAUUAGACGAAAAGAAGUUUUAUAACUUUUUUAGAAUGAGUGUAUCCAGCUUCGAAUGUUUAUUGAAGUCCGUAGAACCACACAUACGAAAAAACUAUACUAAUAUGAGGAAUCCAGUGGAACCAGUAGAAAUGCUGGGAAUUACUUUAAGAUACCUAGGAAGUGGAAAUUCAAUAACCGAUUUACAUUUGAAAUUCAAACGGGGAAAAUCUACUAUUGCAUAUAUGAUACAAAGAGUUUGUCGUGCUAUCUGGACCAAUCUUCUUCGAGACAACAUCCCUGAACUGACAAUUGAAAGUUUCCAAACAAUAGCGAGGGAUUUUGAUGUAAAGGCAAAUUUUCCUCACUGUGUUGGUGCCAUCGACGGCAAACACAUCCGUGUGUGUAAUCCUGCACAUAGUGGCUCACUUUUUUAUAAUUAUAAAGCCUUUUUUUCGAUUGUGUUGCUAGCUAUUGUGGAUUCAAAUUACAAAUUCGUUUUUGUCGACAUCGGUGCAUACGGAAAAGAAUGCGAUUCAACCAUAUUACUAAAUUCUAAACUGUACGAGCUAAUGAUUAACAACAACUUACCACUACCUCAACCCCAGCCACUCUCUGGUAGCAAUAUACCAACCCCGUAUGUAUUUGUGGGUCACGAAGCUUUUGGACUGAGCAAACAUAUUAUGCGUCCAUAUGGUGGUAAAAAUCUUGACUUACAACAAAAGGUUUUCAAUUAUCGUCUAAGCAGGGCCAGAAGAUAUGUCGAAUGCGCUUUUGGGAUUAUGGCAAACAAAUGGCGCAUUUUUCACAGACCGAUAGACGUGUCCUAUGACUUCGCUACUGACAUAAUAAAAGCAUGUUGUGUACUACACAAUUUUGUCGCUGAUCGAGAUGGUUUUAGACAAAGAGAUACAUUUGCUAUAAGUGUUGAUGCAUUUCUCCCAAUACAACCCGCAGAUGAAGAACAGACAGCACCGAAUGUCAUAAGACAGCAUUUUGCGACCUAUUUUAUGACUAGAGGAACUCUGCCUUGGCAACUAAAGAAGGUAUAAUAGUAUUAAAUAAAAAAACAAUAAAUAUCUGUACUGUGAACUCACCAACUUUGUUUUUUCGUUCAGCUGUGAAAUUCUCGUAAUCAGGAAAUAAAACUUUUGAUAUUUCUU